CUGCGAGCAACAUGCAUCUGUCCCAGAAAGUCGGUGGAUUGCGUGAGACAUACAGGAAGCGCGACAGAAGUGAAACUACGCUCCGAGUGGAAAUGUUUCUGCCCGCCGUACAGCAUUAGGAGAACCUAAACUUCCACAGCAGACGUGGAAAUGGUAAUCAUGGAAGCCCAGAAGGUUUGUGCCCUGUUGAGCUGGAUCCUAGGUGUCAUUGUGGCCAACGACUAUACAGGAAACCACAGUUUGAUCAUUUUCGUGACCUUCGCUCCUGGACACAGCUCCCUGCCUGAGUACACUUCCUAUGGCAUGCUUGAUGACCUGAGAGUAUUCCACUAUGAGAGCAACUCAAUGACCUUUUCCAGUCCUCUGAAGCAUCACUCAUCUCUCUCCUCUGUUUGGAGGGACCUCGAAACCUGCACGACUUUCAAGUCCGGCUUCUUCAGACGUUUCAUAAGAGAUGCAAAUGAAACACUGGGGCUGAAAGGACCAAUUCUGCAGUUAAUCUACGGUUGCCACCUGGACGAGGAAGGAAACCAGCAGGGACUGUACCAUUUCUCUGUCAAUGGGGAGCACAGUCUCACGCUGGACCAGGAGAGUAUGAGCUGGACCACUUACCAUCCACAUGCACUGGGGUUUAAGGACAUUCUGGAUGGCUUCAAAAUAUGGAACCGCAAUAAUAUGAUGUACAUAAAACAAGACUGCGUCCCGAGACUGAAGAAAUUUUAUGAGCAUGGAGAGGCAACAAUCAGCCGAAAAGUUCGCCCCGAGGUCGCCCUCACAGCCAGAGAGGCCGGAGCAGUAGUGGUCCUCGUGUGCGUGGUGACCGGGUUCUACCCCAAGGAGAUCUUGGUGGCCUGGGAGCGGGACGGGAGUCUCAUCUCUGAAAACGUGUUGUCCACAGACCUCCUACCCAACCAUGACCUGACCUACCAAGUGCAAAAAUCCCUGGACAUCCUCAGCGAUGACAAGCACAAGUACUUGUGCCGUGUGGAGCACAGCAGCCUCGAUGAGCCCCUGCGAGUCCACUGGGACCCCUAUAACGUGGGACUGUCUUCAAAGCACAUUGGCAUACUGGGUGUGCUUAGUUUUGUGGCAGUCGUUCUGCUUACAAUAUGUGUCGUCAUCUGCCUGAAACGGAGACGAGGCUAGAACAACUGCACGGUCAACAAGCACAAAGGGUCAAUCAACAAGCAUGAGUGAAAGCUUUUGUGAUUCAUGCUCAGUGUUGUCCAGUCAAGAAGUCAUAAUUAUGAUGUUACAAGCCCACUAAGAGGAUAACACAGGGUGGUGUCAUACAUUUGACGAGACUGGUUUGCGUGGCAGACAAUGGUAAGUUCACCACAGAAAACAUGAGACUCGUUCAUCUGUGCUCUUUUAUACCGAAAUAUAAAAAAACGUGCCCGGGAUGUCAUAUCUAUGCCUUAAAAUCUCUGAGCCUUGUUAGGCCAGACUGUGUCAUAAACAUGUAUUAUUUGGCAGUUAAUGGGAAGCUGGGAAGUAGACACUCACAUUGCAACAACAUUCGUUUUACCUAGAGCAGCGUUUCCACUGACCCACCUUCUCUGCAUGUGUGCCUUCCACGUGCAACACAGUGUGGUGAUAUGGACUUUAAUUAAUAAUACUUUUGUGUGUUUGCACUUUACUUUAUAAUGGAGGAAGGCAUAUGGGUGUUUGUGCUUUUCUUUCUCUUGUUUUGGAGAGAUCUCCAGGAAGGAUCUUGGUGUAUGGCACUCGUUAAUAUGCAAAUCCAAAUCCAUGCAGCUCGAGAGGGACGUAAGACUCCUAUCUGGCUACAAGUGCUUUCUGUCUUUGGUAUUUUUCCCAAAAUAUCCACGGUACUUAACAUGACUGGACUCUGGGCCAGUCCACUGUAAUAUCAGGGGCUGGCUAACAUACUUUGGGGUCAGGUUGAUUUCACUUGGAAAUGCCUCAUACAACAGAUAAAUAACCAACAGCGGGAUGAGUGGAAAUGUGACUUAUGUUGCCUUUGGAAGCUUAUGUGUUUAUUACUUAACUCUAACUUAUUUGACAUUGUAAUAUAUAUUUAAAUUGCUAUACCUUUGAUGUGUUAAGUUAUUUGAUGUAUUUUGUAAGCUGUAAACUGU